AUGAAAUCAAAAAUAGUUAUAUUUACGUUGUAUGCAGUUUUAUGUGAAUACAGUGCUAGCACGUUAAGUUUUCCUGGACCUCGAGUGUAUGUAGUUACUCCAUCGGCACGAAUAUUGAAAAAAGAUGAAGGGAAGCCAUCUUCGUUCUAUUAUCAUAACUGGAUGAGAAGGAUGGACACAGGAUCGGAUUCAACUUCAACCACGACCACAGAGAAAACCAUAUCAGAAGUAAAGACACCCGAUUUAAUAUUUGCGGAAUUUGAUUCCGAUGAUUCUAAGCAGAAAUCAAUAAGAAAAUUAUUAGAAAAGGAAACAAUAACUACUCUGAGGCCCAUAUACGUACCCGAUGAAGAGGAUAACAAAAUCACUCGUGUGGUUAAUUAUGGUUUGCCAGUGAAUACAAUAAACCAUAACGAAAAUUCCACUGAAAAUAAAUAUUCUUAUAUAUCUCAUGAUGAUUAUUACAAUAACUUGCCUGCGCCAACGUAUGUUACAAUUCCGCCAACGACUUUACCUACCACAACACCAAAAAUUACGACAACUACUCUUUCUCCAAUCAAUAUAAUACCAACCAAUCAUAACGAUAUACAAAAUAUAUGGCAUAUAAUUAAUAGCGAAAAAUCUGAUCAGUAUUCGAAUAAAUGGGAAGAAAUAUCACUUGAUUCUAAAAAAGAAGAAAUCACAAAUGAUGAAAGCGGAGAUGAAAAGAAUCACCGUCCAGACAGCGAUAGCUUCAAACAAGAAUAUGACUCUGACGAUGUAACGAUCGACGACAAUUUUGCUUUACCAGGAUUUGCCACAAAUCCUGGAAACGGAGCUGAAAAUGAGUCAAGAGCUAUACGAACUGAACAAAACAUAAGAUUUCCGUACAUUAAUUUAAAACCGUUUCAAAUAAAGUCAUCGAAGAAACCAGCAGUAAAUAAUAUAUCGAACGGUAAAAAGAGUAACGUAUAUACAAAUGUAGAUAAUUUCUACGACUUAAAAAAUCCCGUAAGAGGUGAAGCUCAAGAUGUCGUACCUUCAUCUCCAGCCAUUGAUCGUUACAAUCCAGCCCAACCAUACUUACCGCAACAGAAAUACGGUAAUAAUUUGUCACAACAGUCAAGCCCACCGAAAGCAACAGCAAGCUUAGUGCCACCUCCUCCGCCACCACUUACUGGAAAUGAUUUCCCGGUUCCAACUAGUUAUGAAGCUUUUCCUCCAUACGCACCGUCUGCGCCUGACUUUAGUCCUGCACCUGCGCCUGCACCACGGCCGUCGCCACCUGUCUCUGUAUCAAUGAUACCUUCAAAAAGUGCAGAUUUUACUAGCGAUUUUGAGACAUCUGGUCCAAGUCCCAGUGAUGAUGGCCUUAUAAUGGAUACAGGCUAUCGUUAUAAAGCACCAUCUGAUAAUGGAGAUAGUGAUAAUGGUGCUCCUGUAAUGAAUACAGUAUAUCACUACAAACAACCUUCAGGUCCGACAUCUCAGUUCUAUCCUACGCCUGUACCACCGAGUAAACCAUUUCAAGGCUAUUCAUACAAUAAGCCCAGCAUGACCGCAGACACCUCUCCAGUAGCUGAUAAGCCAGAAUUUCAAGGAUAUCACUACAGCAAGCCAGUAUAUCAUAAACCACCUGCCGACAGUAAACCACCGAGCCGAUCUCCACCUUCUUAUGGUCACGAUGAUUUUCCUCCUGACAUAUACGAACAUGACGAUUCUCCUCCACAUGUCUACGAACACGACGAUACUCCGCCACAUAUAGGAGAACAUGAUGACUCUCCUCCUCAUAUUCAUGAUCCUGAUGAAGAUAUGACUUACGAUAAACCAUAUGGCCCUAUAAAAGGGGAAGAUGAUAUGAAAAGCUAUGAUAUGGGAAUGAAGCCACCUUCGCCGCCAUCGUUUCAAUCUGACAACAAACCAGGCGCUUACGGACCCUCACCCAACGAUCACGGAUUUCCCAGCGAUUUUCCCACGGAUUUCAAAUUCCCUCCAGAUUUUGACGACCAUUAUCAUGAUCACGAACAUGAACAUUACCACAUUGUUGAACAUCCCACGACAACGACGGAAACGCCUCGAGUUAACCGUUUCAGUUACUACUAUUUAGGAAAGAAAUUGUAUUAUCUGCCAUUAUAUUUUAGCGUAUACUUCAUUAUUUACGUAGGAGCUUUAAUAAUUAAGGCUGUCUUGCGACACAAAAUUGUUUAUCCUAAUAGUUGGAGACCAAACACAACGACGGCAACUUUCUUUGCAAAAAGGUCAGUAGACGAGUACCUCUCACAUGAAAACCUUCAGGGAUUAACGAAAAAAGUAACCAACGCAAUCGCCUCAGCCGCAGAAAAGUACAUGGAUAGGAAAACGAAAUUGAGUUAA